UCCCCAAUCUCUGAUAAAUAUUUUGUUCUCCCUAGUUCAGUUCAACCCCUGGUUCCAUGGACCGCGUAGAAGAAACCCUACUCGCCCAAAUCGAUUGGGAAUCGUUCCUCGAAGGCUUACCGGAAUUCGACGUCGAUGACCUUUUUCAGGACGACGACACGGCUCCUGUUACCGUCGACGACAACCCCUCUCCGACCAACUCCGUUCUGUCCGAGAUCGAAAACUUGCUCAUGACCCACGCCGAAAACGACGCCGUCUUUCCCCAAACGCCGUCGUUUGAGUCCGACGACUACUACAAGCUUCUCGAGGAGAUGCUGGUGGAGCCCGAGGAAGGACCGGAGAGUCAGCGUUCCAAGGCAGAGUCCGAGGAAGGCUCCGACAAAGACAGAACCGAUGAGGCAACUCCCGAUGAACCCAUGUCCAAGAAAUUAAAAAGGCAGUUGAGGAACAGGGAUGCUGCUGUGAGAUCAAGGGAGAGGAAGAAGUUGUAUGUGAAAGACCUUGAGAUGAAGAGUAGGUAUUUGGAAGGGGAAUGCAGAAGACUGGGGCAUUUGCUUCAGUGCUGCUAUGCUGAGAACCAUGCUUUGCGGCUUUGCUUGCAAUCGCGUGGUGCAUUUGGUGCUUCCAUGACCACGCAGGAGUCUGCUGUGCUCUUGCUGGAACCUCUGCUGCUGGGUUCCCUGCUGUGGUUCAUGGGCAUCGUGUGCCAUCUCAGUCUGCCCCUAAUGCUGUUGUUGACAGCAGUAUUUCCAAGAGAAAAGGUCGAACAGAAGGGCCUAAGAAGGGUAACUCAAAAAGGGCCAGAAAGUAAGAUCUAUGAGUGUUUCCAGAUGCAAUCAUUGGUAAAGAGUAGAAGAUGCCGAGCUUCAAGAACGAAGAUGAAAUACACGUUUAUGAUUUUCUAAUGGUCUAUAACUUCUGUAGUGGGGCUCUAAGGUUUUCAAUUCGUUCCUUCUUUCUGCAUUUCUUUUUGUGUAAUGUUUUAUUGGGCGUAUAGAUGUAGUUUCGUGAUUAGAAAAUAUGCAUAUCUGUAAUGUUUUAUUGGGCUUAUAGAUAGAGUUUCGUGAUUGGAAAAUAUUCAUACGAACUAGUUGGGGUCUGUGAUAUGCUUUAACUUAUCAUAGGACCAUCACAUGCUGCGUUGUUAUCUUAAAUAUGGAGACUGUACGUGUUUCUGGCAGUUUAGACUGUAUUAUACUUAUUGUUUGCACCAUUUUGGA